AACAGUGAGCCUUCAGUCCACACGGCGGGACACGAGACAGAGGAGCGAGGCACCACAAAUCUGCCGAAAAACACCGAGAGCGAAGGAACUUUACACAGCCGCUGUCAUUUGGACGCUUGAGGAAUAACGAUAAACCUGUAGCGGUCACUGGCGAUUGAUGCGGUCCGUUUCUGAACAGUCUGCGCUCUGUCUGAGAGUUUAACAAAGGUGGGAGACGCGUCUGCUGUCCCCUAUCACAGGGGGGAAGAUAUGAUCUUUAAGAUAAGCCAGUUUGGGGGUCAUGCAACAAGUAUAAAUGCGCAUUGAUGAGCAGAGGGAGACAGGCUGGCGAAGGCGAAAGAAGUGGAUUUUUUGAAGGGAGCAGUAGAGGAUCGUGUGCAGGAGAUGUCUCUGUGGAUGAUAUUACCCGUCAGCCUCCCAGCUCUCACCAUCACUGGAAUAUGGGUCGUGUAUGCCAUGGCCAUGUAUAACCAGCAUGUCUGUCCUGUGGACAACUGGAUGUAUAACCAGUCAUGUGAGGUGGAUCUGCCAAUGCAGAGGGGACCAACCAUGUGCUGUACUCUGGACAAUGUUCCUCUCAUAAGUAAAUGCGGCACACUUCCUCCAGAGAGCUGCUUCUUCAGUCUCAUCUGCAGCACUGGAUCCUUUAUGGUGAUGGUGAUAGUGUUGCUACGCUAUGCCCAUGUGAUAGAGAAGCACCAGAACUGUGUGUUAAACACAGCAAGUCUCUCCACUGGCUGGAUCUGUGCUGCAGGACUCAUCAUGGUCGGCAACUUCCAGGUGGAUAAUGCCAAGGUUCUUCACUAUGUUGGAGCAGGGGUAGCCUUCCCCACCAGUAUGCUGUUUGUGUGUCUGCAGUCUGCACUGACCUACCGCCUGGCGAAGACUCAGGGAGAAUAUAAUGUGGGUCAUUUGCGCCUCUUUAUGACCCUGCUGGCCUUUGUGGCCCUGGUGCUUAGCGGGGUGUUUUUUGUCCAGGAGAGUUUUGUCCUGCAACAUGCAUCAGCCAUUUUCGAGUGGGUCUUCUGUGUCAUUAUUAUGCUGUUCUACGGCACAUUCGCUUUUGAAUUCGCCGGGAUAUCUAAUGACACAAUGAUGGUGCUGGCCCGAGGGCAAUCUCUACAGUCCGUAAGCCGAGACCACAAAAUGGAGUCUCUUGCUGGGGCCAGUCAGCAACAGCCUGAGAGCCUGUCCAUACUGUAACCUCAGUGUCCUGUAUCUCUCUCAACACUAGAAAAAACGCUACAACCGCAGAGGGAAAGUAACAGAAACUGGACAUGG